AUACGAUUCUUCCUUCAUUUUGGGCUCGAUUUGUCUUACAACUCCUCAAAUGCCGCCCUGAAAAAACAUGGACGCCCACUCCGGGGACAUACAGGGCUCUCACUCCCCGUCGAAUGACCCGGUGGAGUUUUCGAAUGGGAAGCGCCGCUGGCGCCGAAAUCGAGUGGCCUGCGAUAAUUGCCAUUCUCGACGUGUACGCUGCGACCGUGCCUUCCCUUGCCAACGGUGUCUGCGCGGGGCGCUCCCUUGUAAAUUUACACGUGAACUUCGGAAACGAGGCCGCAUUGCACGAUCCAAGCUGUCGAAAGACCCGACAGGACAGCAAGGCGCACAUCGAAUGGGAGCUCCUUUGGGGGCUCGAACGACGUCUCAGCAUCCCAGCUGCCUCCUGCUCAUAUCAAAUCGCCAAUAC